ACUAAACUAAUAUUUAAACUUAAAGUCAUUUUAUUUUAUGCUUUUCGUCACUGUGCUGAGAAUAGUUUACCCAUUAAAGUUAAAUUAGAGAGAAAAAUUGCAGUUACUGAAAAAGUGCCAAAUGACGUCCUACAAAUUUUGGAACGAAGAAAUGUGGACGAGUUUUCUGAUGUGGAAGCAUUAAUACUUUUAAUUAAUAAUAGAAAUACUUCAGUAUAUCACGUUAAGAGCGUAGAGUCUGUGACAAUUGCUUUUGAUGAUAGUGGAAAGAAGCUAAAGAAGACACCAAGUCCCAGUGGAAGUAAUAGUAGUUUGGAUGGGAGUAAAGAGAAGAAAAAGAAACAAUGACAAUAAAUAUAUUUUUGAUUCCUUUGGGUUGUAUUUAAAAGGAUAUUUUUGCUAAAAUUACUUUUUCAAACAUACAAUUUCAGGAUCAAAAUAUAAUUGUCUCCAUGGUUGAACCAAACAGUCUAAUUGCUAUGCGCAUUUUGCUGUGAUAGAAUUGUUGAAGUUAUUGAUGUACCAAUGUUGGAGGUUUUUAAAGUGUGGAAUCAUUUUAAAAGUUUGGAAUCAGUGCCCAUAAUUUUUGACGAUACUGGAAAGAAACUGACAAAAAUCCUAAGUUCUAAUUCCAGUAGCAGCAGUUCUGACAAGAGUAAAAAGAUGAAACUAAAAGAGAAAAUUAAUUUGAUUAUUUUUUAUAUUUUUGUUUAAUGAAUGUGUGUCAAAUAAUUUUUUUUAAACUUUGAGAAUAUUUAAAUUUACCUUGUGUUUAUAAGAGUUUAAGUAUUUUCUAAAUAAAAUUGAUAAAUCGAAAUUUUUAUGUUUGUUAUUGUUUAUAAAUAAAAUUUAUUGUUUAUAAAUAAAUUUUUGAUUCGAGUAAUUUAUAUUUUUUAAAAAUAAAAUUAUCUUAUUAAAUAAUAUUUUUAAAUUUUUUUUGAAUAUUUCUAAUUUAAUUUUGUUAAGAAAAAAUGUUGUUAUUAAAUCGUUUUCAUUCCCCAACAUUAAUUUUUUCUAAAAAUUUUGUCACCAAAAAUUCAAUAGAAUGUUUAAGAUCAAGACUAUUUUAUCAAAGUAAAAAGAGAGGAAUUUUAGAAAAUGAUAUUCUUAUUGGAAAAUUUGCUGAAGAAAAUUUACCUAAAAUGAAUAAAAACGAUUUGGUUAAUUAUGAUGCUAUAAUUAAUGGAAAUUAUAUGGAAUGGGAUUUAUAUUAUUAUUUAACUGGCAGAAAAGAAGCUCCAAACGAAUUAAUUUCAAAUCCAUUAUUUAAAAACAUGAAAGAAUAUAUUUUAUUAAAUCAGAAAAAAUGUGAAAAAUAUUAG